AUGGCUCCCGUUCAGAUCGACUACUCGAACCUGCUUCUCUCUGUCGUCGUCCUCGCGGUUUCCUGCUUCGUCCUCGUAAGAAGCUUCAGGUCAGGCCGCAAAGAUGGCAGCCGAGUACUGCCGCCUUCCCCUCCGGCGCUGCCCAUCAUCGGCAAUCUUCACCAGCUCGGCCGGAGCCACCACCACCGGACACUGCUGGAGCUGGCUCGGCGCCACGGCCCGCUUUUCCUCCUCUACCUUGGUUCCGUGCCCACUCUCGUGGUCUCCUCAGCCUCCAUGGCCGAGGAGGUGCUCAAGGGCCAAGACCACGUCUUCUGCGGCCGUCCGCAGCAGCACACGGCGCGUGGCCUCCUUUACGGCUGCCGGGACGUUGCCUUCAGCGCCUACGGCGAGCGGUGGCGCCAGCUGCGCCGCAUCGCCGUCGUGUACCUCCUUAGCGCGAAGCGAGUCAACUCCUUCCGCGCGCUCCGGGAAGAGGCGGUCGCGUCCUUCGUGGACCGGAUCCGCGCUGCCGCUAGCGCCCAUGUGGACGGCGACGGCGGUGGAAAGCGCCGACGAGGGAUCAAUGUGAGUGAGUUGUUCAUCAGCUUAACCUACACUGUCAUCUCCAAGGCAGCGUUCGGGAGCAAGCUCCGAGGAAUGGAGCCCGGAGCGGUCCGCGAGAUGAUGAUGGAGACCAGCCAACUGCUGGAGACAAUCGCGGUGAGCGACGUGUUCCCGUGCCUCCGCUGGGUGGACUGGGCGACGGGGCUCGACGCAAGGACAAAGAGGACGGCGAGGAAGCUUGACGCCGUUCUUGAGGCAGCGUUGCAGGAGCACGAGAAGAGCAGCGGGCGCGGGGAUGAUGCCGAUGACCUCCUCGACGACUUGCUCUCGGCCGUGGAGCAAGGCGGCGCGGGCUUAAAUCUUGACAGGACUGAUGUCAAGGGACUCAUCGUUGACCUCUUUAUAGCAGGCACUGAUACAAUUGCCAAAACUAUGGAGUGGACAAUGGCCGAGCUAGUGAAGAACCCAAAGGAAAUGGAGAAAACACAAACCGAGGUGCGACAAGUUGCAGGGGAACAUAGACGAGUCACAGAGGAGCUACUGAGUACAAUGACACGACCACAGGCUGCCAUCAAAGAAGCUCUACGAUUGCAUGCACCAGUGCCAAUGCUUGUCCCCCGCGAGGCAGUCCAGGACACCAAGCUGCAUGGCUACGAUAUCCCAGCCAAGACCCGGGUCCUCAUCAACGCGUGA